AUGUUUCGACCACGUCGCGGCUUUUGUCAGAAUUGUGCUAGGCUCAUCCUCAGCGCAGUUCUUUACGGAUCAUGGAUACUCGGAUUGUUUCCGUUCAUAUUCAAUUCCCGCAAAAAACAAAUGAGCCUGUCCCGAUGGCUUCGAAUCUACGGUUUAGUUUUAAACUUCCUCCUGAUUUUCAUACUCAUGUACAUCAGCUAUGAAGCUAAGAAGACUUCAAAGCUGGAUGCCUUUGAGCGGAAUCCCUUGCUGGAAGACAUAAACAUGCUUAUUGGAGUGAUGAGUGUCCUCAUUGCCAUCGUAGUGCACUUGAUGAACUUUCUGGGUAGCAACCAAGUGCUGUGGAUACUCAAUGAACUGUUGUGCCUAGAAUAUCGGCACUUCGGGGGAAUGAAUUUACGGAAUUGUCCCAAGCUAAAUAAUUUUGUGAUCCAAAAGAGCGUGACCAUAACAGCGGCUAUGGUAACCCUCUUGGCUGUCCAUUACGGAAUGCCCGGAAAUGUAACGACCCUCAUGAUGCUGCUGCUCAUGUGCCUAACCCAGAUGGGUCUCAAUCUCAAUGUGAUGCACUGCUAUCUGGGCGUCCUUUUUAUCUACCGAUAUGUGUGGCUCAUCAACGGACAACUCUGGGAUCUGGCCCAUCGAUUGAGCGAGGAUUCCUCGACGGAUUUCAGAUCCUCCAGGAUUCGCGAACUUCUCUCUCUAUACAGACGCCUUUUGGAGCUAAAUGGGAAAUUGCAAUCGGCCUUCGAGUUGCAAAUGUCGCUUAUUAUACUAUCUGGCCUUGCUGGCAAUAUUGUGGUUGUCUUUUUCCUAAUCGUGUUUGAAAUUAGUAUGCACAAGUCGUCGAUCUUUGUGGCUUUAUUUCUCCAAUCUUUGUUGCUAAAUAUCUGGGAUUUUUGGCUGGGUAUUGCCGUGUGUGACCUCACCGAGAGAACUGGCAGAGAAACCUCUACUAUUCUGAAGCUAUUUUGUGAUCUAGAGAACCUCAAUGAAGAUCUGGAAAAAAGUAUAAAUGAGUUUUCCUGGCUUUGCAGUCACGCAAAAUUUCGUUUUCAGUUAUAUGGACUAUUUUCCAUAAACUACAAUAUGGGUUUCCAAAUGACAAUCACCAGUUUUCUGUACUUGCUUUAUUUGGUUCAGUUUGAUUUUAUGAACCUGUGA